AUGGCAACCGGACAACAACGACCGUACCGGCUUACCGAUGUGCUCGGCGGACUAUCGGAUCUGAUAUCGCGCCGGCGAUCCCCGUCGUUAUCGCGGAAAAAACGUAAAGAAACACCAGCCACAGACGGUCACCGCAAAGGCAGCGCACCGGCAAGCUUAAAUCACAUGUUUGUACCGAUUGUCGAGUUGGUAGUAGCUUCUGCCGACUCGCCCGGAGGUUCUAUGCGAUCUGGCGCCAGCGUGUCGCCAAUGCGGCAGGUGGAUGAUCGCACCAAAACACCAACGUCGUCAGCUGUCCCUAUUCCUGCAACAAUUCGGAUACAGCGUCCAACCGAUGACGAUGAAAAUGAUGGUAAGCACUAUUUGCUUCUUUGGAAUUCAAUGUGUUCCGAGACAUGGAGUGGUUCGGGGUUUGGAUGUCUAAUCCUCUAUGCGAUGAAUAUGAGUUUUUGUCGGCUUUGCGGCAUUAUGAUGAUUUUUUAA